ACAUCGGACAGUAUUCACGUUAUGAGCCCGAUCAGUCUAAAUCAGAGUUAUAUUCUUACAUCGGACAGUAUUCACGUUAUGAGCCAGAUCAGUCUAAAUCAGAGUUAUAUUCUCACAUCGGACAGUAUUCACGUUAUGAGCCCGAUCAGUCUAAAUCAGAGUUAUAUUCUCACAUCGGACAGUAUUCACGUUAUUGGCCCGAUCAGUCUAAAUCAGAGUUAUAUUCUCACAUCGGACAGUAUUCACGUUAUGAGCCCUAUCAGUCUAAAUCAGAGUUAUAUUCUCACAUCGGACAGUAUUCACGUUAUGAGCACGAUCAGUCUAAAUCAGAGUUAUAUUCUUACAUCGGACAGUAUUCACGUUAUUGGCCCGAUCAGUCUAAAUCAGAGUUAUAUUCUCACAUCGGACAGUAUUCACGUUAUGAGCCAGAUCAGUCUAAAUCAGAGUUAUAUUCUUACAUCGGACAGUAUUCACGUUAUGAGCCCGAUCAGUCUAAAUCAGAGUUAUAUUCUUACAUCGGACAGUAUUCACGUUAUGAGCCAGAUCAGUCUAAAUCAGAGUUAUAUUCUUACAUCGGACAGUAUUCACGUUAUGAGCCAGAUCAGUCUAAAUCAGAGUUAUAUUCUUACAUCGGACAGUAUUCACGUUAUGAGCCCGAUCAGUCUAAAUCAGAGUUAUAUUCUUACAUCGGACAGUAUUCACGUUAUGAGCCAGAUCAGUCUAAAUCAGAGUUAUAUUCUUACAUCGGACAGUAUUCACGUUAUGAGCCCGAUCAGUCUAAAUCAGAGUUAUAUUCUUACAUCGGACAGUAUUCACGUUAUGAGCCAGAUCAGUCUAAAUCAGAGUUAUAUUCUCACAUCGGACAGUAUUCACGUUAUUGGCCCGAUCAGUCUGAAUCAGAGUUAUAUUCUCACAUCGGAAACCUGCGCCACAUGGUGACUCAAGUUGGCAGAAGAAUUAGAGACGGGGAAAUAACAGAUGAAUGUCUGUCUUGAAAUGAGUAAAAUGUGAGAUAAUCGUCACAUCGGGUUUCAGCUGCUCCCAGCGUCACACACGAGAGGCGGCCUGGGCAGAACACGCCUCUCCAGUCACCUAAUACAUAUAGUAGUAUUAUACAUUAGAUAGGGAUAACAAACUAUAAGGUGCAGUAUUAUACAUUAGACACUGAUAACAAACUACAAGGUGCAGUAUUAUACAUUAUAUAGGGAUAACAAACCACAAGGUGCAGUAGAUUGUUAACCUUCGCCUUCACGUAUCAGACACGUGGUUCUUUGGAUAUCAUCCUGAAGGGGUUUGGACUUUGGACGAAUGCUGUCGUCAUCUUCUUUUAUGGUAAAUCAUUAGAUAUAAGUUGACACAUCUACUUGGCUGUAAAACAAUGGGAGCAACUUGAACUCGAUGGGCGCCACGACAACUGCAGCACAAUGCUGGGGAAGAAGGAAUUCUGGAACUUAUGGAUUAAUGAGUCCAACUGGCGUCGGAUUUAUCAAAAUAUCGACUUUCAGAUAAAUUCCUUAAAGAAACUAGCUGCUAUUAUACGGCUUACGUCGAUGAGUCACCGACGCGGCAAUGUUACUGAUAAAGAUAGUUGGUGCAGUCCGAAACGUCUGACCGUUUCCAAAAUUAUAUCCAGUUGCUUCAGUAACUGCUUUUGGCGUAUUGCACGGCUUUUUAGUAAAACAUCGAGAAUUAUAGAAAAUUAAUUAUUGGACUUAACAAAUUUAAAGAAAUAAUUGAAACUGAACAGUUUAGUUCCUUUCCUUCUGUAUCCCGGCAUUGUGUUUAGCGAGUCUGUAGUUUAUCAGUUGAUCACAUAGUCGGCGACAUGGUUACUCCAUGAUGACGUCAGUCUGACAAUCCGUCACCAUGUUGCCCGGAUGUAGCCCUCAGGUCUGCCAGCGUUUUAACCUCCCCAAUUACGUCAUACCAUUCUCAUUACGUCAUGCAACCGUAAUUACGUAAAACCAUACCAAUACGUAGUGCAACACACAGUACCUCUUACCACCCUCAUUACGUCAUGAUAUCCUCAUUACGUCAUAACAUCCCAUACGUCAUGCCAUCCACUCGGCUGCAUUCCUAACAUAUGACGCCAUUUAGACGAUGACUGUAAAGACCAGACUAAAAAAAGUAGCCAUCAGGACGGUUAAGAUGCUGGUAGUUUCCCUGAUAAGGAUUUAUAUUGUCAAGAUUUAUGUAGUAAGGGUUACUUGAUAAGGCAUGUGUGAUAAGGGUUACACUGUAAUUAGGGUUAUGUAAAAGUGCUAUGUAAUAAGAGUUAUGUUCUAAGGGUUUUGUGGUAAGGCUUAUGAAAAAUUAAGAUAAUUAGAGUGCUCAUUAAAGUUAGUUAUAUACACAUGUAACCGGAGAUAUGCUGUUCUUAGUUGAAUAAGGGUCUGGCGUCAAUGUUGUACUGAAUACUAACGUCGACGUUUUUCAAGUCAAGACAACCGAACUGAAAUUAGUUACAGGGAACAGACUAACAUAAUCCCUGUCAAACAGCAGCAUGACAAUCUUUGAUGCAUAUUUCACUAAUCUGAAUUGUAGAGUGACUAUAUAUGUUUAGCACUUGGUUAGUAAGAAAAUUAACAUCUUUGAGUGUAAAAAUCUAUCCUAGAGCUGGUUUCCUAGAUGUGUAACAUUGCACAUUGUAGCUCAAAUAUAUUCUUGCUUAAAACAUUGUUAGCUUGUAUCGUUUAUUUUACAUGUACUCGGAAUAAACAUGCAGUUGUCGCCAAAAA